AUGAGCGGGCAGCGCGGGUCUAAUUCACCAUCACCUGCGCCAGAGGCGCCAGUCGCAGCAAUACCGGGGCCGCGUGCGACAAAGCUGCAAGAAGUGUUCCGUCUGGGAUUAUCGUCCUCGCUCAAGGCAAACUCGUACGCCAAUUUCUCGACCUGCUUUCCAACACCGGCCACAUACUGCCCAACAGCAUUGGAAGGAGUUUGGAAACAGCUCAACACGCGACUCGAGGAAGAAUGCACGCGCGAUUUCGAGAAGAUCCUGCAAGAGCGCAAUGUUGUGGAAGGACUCAACCAAUGGGACGCGCUCAUAGACGAUGCACGGCGGAGGAAGAACAGAGCAGUCGACGGUGACGAGGCACCCAGAGCUCUUCACACGCUCUCCGCGAGAGAGCUGUAUGCGGCACAUAUCUCUCCCUUCCUCCAGCAGACGUCUACGGAACUCGACGAGAAGCUGAAAGUUACUCAAGAAAACAAUAAACAGACGAUGGCCACCAUCGCUGAGCAGAGAGCUGAGAUGGAGCAGCUGAUAGGCGGACUCGAGAGCGUGGUCAAGGAUCUCGAGGGCAGCAUCGACGCUUUGAGCAGUGCGGACGGACUCAAGCAAGAUGUGUGGAUGAUGGAGCAGGAAGUGACGGCAACGAGGUAG